GGCUGUAAGAAAGAUACCUAUACAAAUUUUCUUGCAUAAAGUGUGCAUCCAUAUAUUUCAUGCUUAUUAUCCUGAGCAGGUAUGAAGAAUUCCAACUAGUUCAGUUGUCCUGAUCAUCAUGGCAGCCAAAGGGAACGACACCAAGAUACUACACACUAGCGAUCGACAGUUGCAAGUCGCCGAGAAUACCAGGAAACCAAGGAUAAGAUGGACUCCAGGGCUUCAUAACUGCUUUAUUAAAGCAGUUGAUCGACUCGGUGGGCCAUUUGAAGCUACUCCAAAAGAAAUCAUGACGCAGAUGGACAUUCCUGAGGUUACCUCAAGCCACAUAAAAAGCCAUCUUCAGAAGUACAGGCUGAGAAUGGGUUGCAAUAGUGGGACAGCAGCUGAUAGCACAGUUGCAAGGAAAGCUGCAACAAACACCAUGUUUGAAGCAGAUGAUGGUAGCAAUACUGCAGGAUGGCACACAAAUGAAAGCAUCCAACUUAUGCAAGCACAAAGGACUAAAUUUGAAGGGAAGAGAAAAAUUUGCAAGAAGAAGAAUUCAGACAAUGUGGGGCAACAUCAAGUGCAAUGUAAUGGGGACAAAAACUUCCAUACAAGCACCGGACAUCAAAGGGGAAAAGGGAAAAAGAGAGCAGAAGAUGAAGAUGUUUUCCAUUUGGAAAGACAAAAUGGGCAGGAGAAGCAAAGUGAUCAUCAUCUCCAACGUCCAUUAUUCAACCUGAAUGCUCCUGCUCUGGAUGAACAUCAGCCAGGCUGGGAUUGUGAAAUCAGCUUCCAUCUGCGAUCGUGAAAGCACUAUAUAUUAGUCUUUCUGGUAAUAAUCUAUUUGACAGUUAUAUGCUCUAUUGUCAUCAUUAGCUGAUGGAGCUGCAAAGAGAUUUAGUUGUGAAGAUAAGCUUCUUCAAGCCUUCAACUUACAGGCUGAUGAUCGACUGCCAUGCUUAUAUAUCUUGGACAAGACAACAAACAAUAUUUAUUUUAAAGGACAAAAUUUGGUACUAUUUGAGUUAUAGUAAAGAAGAAAUGCGACAAUAAUCAAUGUGUAGAUCCAUUUAAUUUGGAUUUUUGAGUCUUUGCUGCCAACAAAUUCCCUUUGUAAUUUGAUGCUCUAAGUUUUCAAAGGCUCAGAUUACGGUCUUCUUGGCAGCCCUCGAGGUAUAUCAUUCUCGAGCCAGCCCGUCUUGUAAUUCCCCAAUUUCAUUUGAGAGAGUCAAG